AACAGUUCAUCUUCUGAAACCAGCGAAAACAUAUCAUAAAAACAAGGAGCCAUGGUGGCCUUUGAGAGAGCAGCCUUCUUACUGACGGUUUGCAUAUCCUGCGCCCUGUCCUUUCCCGAUGCCACUGGGUCAACAGGGGCUGGCUAUGGACAGAAUUCACUUUUGCCAUACCAGUUCGCAUACGACGUUAACGACAACUAUAAAGGAGUGGACUUUGGCCAACAGGAGAAAUCCGACGGGAAUGCUGUUACCGGAUCUUACCAGGUCGUUCUCCCAGACGGUCGCAUCCAAAAUGUAGAAUACAGAGCUGACCAUCAAUCAGGAUUUCUGGCCAAGGUCUCAUAUUCUGGCCAAGCUCAAUACCCUCAAACCUACGGCCCAGCCAUUACUUUUCCGCCUUCUUAUGGUAAUACCAACCAAGGAAAUGGCCAAGGUGGUAGUGGACUUGGCUAUGGAGGCCAGGGAAGCAACGCAUUCAAUUCUGGUAGUCAAGGAAACGACCUAGGAAACGAUGGUUUUGGCUAUGGAGGUCAAGGAAGCAAUGGAGUUGGUCACGGUGGGCAAGGUGGCAGUGGUUUUGGCUAUGGCGCCGUUGGAAGCAGUGGAUUUGGCAGUGGUGGGCAUGGAAGUAGCCCAAGUGGUAAUGGACUUGGGUAUGGCAGCCAAGGAAAUGGAAACAGUGCUAAUGGAUUUGGUAAUGGGAAUAAGGGCAGUAGCAUGAGUGGUGGAUAUAUGUACAGGGUGUGAUACAUAUGUUUAUGCUGCAAAUAAUGUAAAAUGCUAUAACAAUAAAUUUUAUUUCGUC